AUGUGUCUUGUAAUACGAAAUCAGUCAUCAGUUGAUUACUACCACCAGGAGAUUUCCGAAGAGGGACAAGGGCCAUUGGCAAUGAUGUCGACCUUCCGAAAGAAGCUGAAAGUGCUUACGGGGCCACUGAACAAACGUUACGGACGUGGCGUUGAAAUGGUCAUUGACUCCGCGUUAGGAGCGCGGUUAAUGGUAGUCAACUGCCCAUGAGAGUCAACGGAAAACUGCCGAGAGGUUGACUCGUAAUAGGGCGCCGUCAAGGAUACAUACAUACGAUGCAACACGACCCAAUGUAGUAUUGUGUAAUAUUGAUACGCUAUCUAGAUUAACGUCAAACGACAGGCGAGUUAAGCGCCGUAUCAACCGUUGUCAUGUCCUUUACCAGCACGAGCCAAGCA